CCUGUGACGCCGUUUGUCCCUUCCCGGCCGCCGUCCCGUCCCCUCGGCAGCCGCCAUGGCGCAGGAAGGCAGCGGUGGCCCCAUCACGGUCAGCGAGGUGCAGCAGCUGGUGAGGAGGAAGGACGAGAUCGAGGCGCAGAUCAAGGCUUGCUACGAGCUGCUGGAGGGGCAAAAAGGCGUCGGGAUGAACGAGCCGCUGGUGGACGCCGAGGGAUUUCCCCGGGAUGACAUCGACCUCUACCAAGUGCGCACCGCCCGGCACAACAUCAUCUGUUUGCAGAACGAUCACAAGGCCCUGAUGAAGCAGGUGGAGGAAGCUCUUCACCAGCUGCACGCCCGGGACAAGGAGAAGCAUGCCAGGGAUGAGGCUGAGGCCCUGGCAGAGGCCAUGAGCCAGAACCAGGGGCUGCCCCGGGCCUUUGCCAAAGUGAACGCCGUGACCCCGGGAUCUCCUGCCAGUGUCUCGGGGCUUCAGGUGGAUGAUGAGAUUGUGGAGUUUGGUUCUGUCAACAUAAACAACUUCCAGAGCCUGCAGAACAUUGCCACAGUGGUGCAGCACAGCGAAGGGAUACCCCUGAGUGUGACUGUGCUGCGUGGUGGCAAAAAAGUGCACGUGGGGCUGACUCCAAAGCGCUGGUCUGGGAAGGGCCUCCUGGGCUGCAAUAUCAUUCCCUUGCAAAGAUGACUCCUGCUUGGAAAACAAUAAAGCUGAAGCUUGUGCCUGCUUUCUGGACUCUGAUCUGAUUUGAAAACUUCCCUCCACGUUUUGAUGAAGCAAAAGUUUUGGAGGCUGUGACCCCCUAGGUGCCAGACUCAGAGUCUGAAGGGGUUCUGGCAGAGUAAGGUCUGAGUGCAGUUCAGGAUUGCACUGGUUCACCAGGAGCAGCUUGCAGAGCUGCAGGAUGUGACUUCUCAUCUCUUACACCUUGUAUCAGCUUGCAGUGAGGC